AUGGUGGAGGAGCUUGAUUCAGAAAGGGACUCGAUUGUCUCGGAAUCGGAGGAGUUUGGCGGUGAGAUACMCACAGGAUCGACAGAUACUACUGAUCAACCUGAACCAAUUGUCGACGAUUUUGAUUUAGAUUUAGGUGAUUUAGAGUCUGGUCCUAAAAGACCAAAACUAAAGCAAUUCCCUUUAACGCAAUUUGGUUCUCAAAAACGUGGUUUUAAUUCGUCAUAUUAUGUGAAUAAUAAUUGGCUCGAAUACAGUAUUAAUAAAGAUGCCAUUUUUUGUUAUGCUUGUCGAAUAUUUGGAAACAAUCAUACUGAACCUACAUUCACAUCUGUUGGAUUUAAAAAUUGGAAAAAACUUGAUGCCCAUGCUAGUACAAAAACUCACUUGACUUGUAUGGCAAAAUGGUCAGGACAUAAUAUAACUGUUCAAAAAACUGGCACUGUUCAUACUCAGCUAACAACUCAGCAUCAAUUAGAAAUUGCAGCUAACAGAGAGUAUAUAAACAGCCUUAUUGAUAUUACACUAUAUUUAGCAACUCAAGGAUUGGCCUUUAGAGGACAUGAUGAAAACAAAACAUCAUUAAAUCAAGGGAAUUUUAAGGAAGCUUGUGUUUUAUUUUCUAAGCACAUGCCCAAGUUUUCUGAAAUAUUUAGCAAAGAUACUAAUUACACUAGUCAUCAUAUACAAGAUGAAAUCAUUGAUAUAUGUGCAAAUAGUGUUAAAGAUUCAAUUACCUAUAGAAGAAGUAGGACCAGGAAUAUUCAUUGCUAUAAAGACGAGCAAAUGUCUCUUUGUAUUCGAUAUGUAAAAGAUUUUGAUAUUAAAGAAAGAUUUCUUGGAUUUAUCGACUGUUCUGAGAAACAGGAUGCUCAAGCUUUAAGUGAGCAUAUUUUAAAUUACCUUCAAACAUGUAAACUAAGCGUUUGUGAGUAUUCUAAUUAG